AGCACAUGUAGACGGUGAGAAUCAUUUGAUGGCGCACCUUAUUUCAAUUGUGGCGUAGUUUUGCCUAUCAGUGGCUACGUUCUUCAAAAAAUUGGCGACUUUUUCUCUAACAUUUUGAGUUAAAAUGAUGCACUGCAAUGCAAUCAUCGUAUUAUUUCUCAAUGUAUUUUCUGUUAUGGCUGACAAUAUUCUCGUACUGUCUCCCAUCACAGCGCCCAGUCACACGAAUUUCUUCAAACCGAUCGUGAGCGCGUUAGCUGAACGCGGCCAUUCUGUUACCUACUGGAAUGGAUUGCCACCUGACCCAGGUAUGGUCAACAAUCAGACGAUCAAUCUACGCAUCCUCUACUCUCCAAAAUUGAAAGAAAUCAACGCUCAUCAUAAGACGAUCGGGUUCCAGCAUCGCGACAGUCCGUUCCGUCUAUUAUUAGGCAUCCCGAAUCGGAUGGUGACUUACUGCACGGCCAUUUAUCAGGAUACCGUAUUUCACCAAUUGAUGAAUUCGACGGAACGAUACGAUUUGAUCAUCCUCGAAGCCGUUUUCAACGAAUGCGUUCUGCCAUUGGUUCGCAAACUUGACGUGCCCUUCAUCUACAUGAUGGGCCUUGCUCCAUCCCCGUGGCUCCUGGACGCAGCUGGUUCGUCAUUAACCCUGGACCAUUUACCACAUCCUGGUUCGAAUUAUGCUGAUACAAUGAACCUUUGGCAGAGAACAUUCAACACUCUGUCCGGCUUUGUAAUGUCGUACUUUCAUCGUCUGUUCGUGAUGCCCGUUGUCGACAGACUCGCAUCCGAGAUGCUGGAAAUCGAAGAUCAGGAGCCCAUCUUUGAUACUGAGAAUCGAUAUUUGAGCCUGGUCAUUGUCAAUACUCAUUUCAGCAUCAAUUACCAGAUGUCUACAUCUUCGGCAGUUAUCGAAGCGGGUGGAUUGCAUUGCGUUCCACCUAAACCGCUACCACACGAAUUGGAAUCAUUUGUUAACGGUCCUGGCGAUGCUGGAUUCAUCAUUGUUAGUUUCGGUUCCAUUUUGAAAGGAGCCGAAAUCCCGGAUGAUGUCCGUCGCAUUUUCCUAUCUACUUUUGCCCGGCUGCCACAGCGUGUCGUUUGGAAAUGGGAAGAAACGAUCGGCAAGGAUGAAAUGAUUCCAUCCAAUGUUAAACUGUUGCCUUGGUUACCGCAACAAGAUCUUCUCGGCCAUCCCAAAGUGCGUCUAUUCAUCACACACGGUGGUCUUUUCAGCAACCAAGAAGCAGUUUUUCAUGGCGUUCCGCUUAUUGCUCUGCCCGUCUUUGCCGACCAGCCAAUUAAUGCUCAAAAGGCGCAGGACGACGGCUACGCCAUUCGACUCGACUGGAACAAUUUGAGCGAAACUAUUCUCUACGACGCUAUUCAACUCGUACUUUCUAAUCCAAGGUACGCGGAAAGGAUGAGAGAAGUCUCGACGAUAAUGCGAGACCAAACAGAACAUCCACUUGACAGGGCCAUCUACUGGAUAGAGUACGUCAUCCGUCAUAGGGGAGCGCCUCAUUUGCGUACGGCCUCGCGCAAACUUUCCCUUUAUCAACGUUGUCUCGUCGAUGUGAUGGUGUUUGUCUUCAUUGUUUGCUUAUUGUUUACCUGGGCAACUAUUUCGCUUAGUCGGGGCCUUUAUCGCAAUAUUUUGAAAGAGAAGACGUUGAUUAACAAUCAUAAAAAGACGAACUAAAGCUGUUACGAUAAACCGUCACAAUUGAUUUUUUGACAACGCUAGAAAAUAAACAAACGUUUGAUUGA